AUGCCUUCCAACGUGACGAAUUUUAACAUCAGGGAUGUCUGGAAAAAUAACAUGGAGGAAGAGUUCGCUAAAAUUCGUGAUAUAAUAGAAAACUAUCCUUAUGUGGCUAUGGUGAGUUCAAUAUACGGUAUUUUCAUGGUAAGAUUUGUGCACAGUCUCAUAAAUUUUAGCUUAAGGUUCUCAUACAUUUGUCGUCUUUAUUCAUUUUAAGUGAUAUGUGUGAAAAUGGGAUUGCCCCAGACGCAAUAAAUGUAUGGGUUGUGCAGAAAUCUUACAAGUUUUAAAGUUAUUAAAAUUUUUUUUGUUCAUUGAAGAAAACAUGUACUAUAAAUGUGUCGUUACAGAAACAGCAAUGUUGCUGGAAAAUCUCUAGUAUGAUUUAUGCAAAGCUUUGGGUUAGACUGUAGGAUACUGUGCCCCCCUCUCAUUUGUGUCAAAAUCACUGAGAGAAAAUAAAGGAAUCUUCUCUUUUGACAAGUGUUGAACCUGUGAGGAGUGUCUAUGAGCUGUCCCGAGAUAUGUUAGUACCUAUGGCCAGGUAUCAUAACAUUGCUCCCAGCUUUCAUGACUUACACAAGUAUUAAUUUUUAUUUAGUGUUCUGUCACUCAACAAUCAGAUGACUAAUCACAUUUGUCAAAAACUUCCUAUUCUUUUUCUCAGGACACAGAAUUUCCUGGUGUAGUAGCUCGACCAAUAGGAGAGUUCCGCAGCACAUCAGAAUACCAGUAUCAAUUGCUUAGGUGUAAUGUAGACUUACUAAAGAUCAUACAACUUGGUUUAUCCUUUUAUAAUGAGAAAGGCCAGCAGGCGCCUGUUGGAGCUACAUGUCAGUUCAACUUCAAGUUUAAUUUAACGUAAGUUUGUUUAAAUUAAUAUACUGUUGUGCUGCAUAUACAGAGGGUUGUAUAGGUGUAUGUCUGCGAUAUGUGGUUAGCUAAAUGCAAUAAUUUUUUUUUUUGUGUUCUGUGACCAAAAGGUUGAGGAUGCCCCGAGAAAAGCUUGAAUUAAUUAUUAAUAUUUGAGAUUUUGUUUCUUAUAUUUGUUGGGAUGUUCAGUUUCAAGACCUCUGGAAGAUAAAUAAUGACUAUGAAAACAUCUAAUGAGAUUGAUGAAGGUCUGUAAAUUGCUAGGUGCAGUCUUUCUUUUCCUUUUCACCACUUUUUUCUUCACAUAAGAACAAGAUAAAGAACGAUACUUAACAUACUGAUUAUCAUGACCUGAAAGCUGAAAUAAAAUUUUGAUAUCAGUGAUUAGUGCUUAGUUAGUUUUUUGGUCUGUGAACUGUGCCAGCGACCCCUCCUGUAUGACACACUAUACAGCUACAGUAGUUACCAUGGUAAAUGCCAUUUACUGUGGUGCGCCUCUGUGUGGGUAGUGGCCCAGUGGUAAGUGCUUUCCAGUUGGUAAGAAGAGGACGCAAUUCAUGCCCUGCCAAAGUCAUUGUGUUUCAAGAGUUUUUACUCUCACAGUGCCUCACUCCAUGCAGCUGUACCGGUGACUGUGAGGGACUACCAUUUGGUCAAGGGAGAAAAGAAAAUUGCUAAAGGAAAUGGGUAAAAACUCAUGCCUGAUGAGCCACUUGGCUUAUUUGCAGAUGGUCAGCUUGUUGAAAUUGCUAUCCAGAGGUCUGCUGUGACUUCUUGCUGGAUUUGUUUCUUGUUAGUUCAUAGUUAAUCUCUUGGGUCCUGUGUAUAACCAACAGGUUUUGGCUCCUGGAAGUUGGGGUUUAUGUUUGAUGUGGAUUGUUGAAUUGUGAUUUGAAGUGGAAAAAGGUGAUAGAAAUCUUCCAUUAGAUAAACAAAGUAUUUAUAACUUUUUUUUUCAUACUUUACAGGGAAGAUAUGUAUGCCCAAGAUUCAAUAGAUUUACUCAAUCGAGCAGGGAUUCAGUUUAAAAGACAUGAAGAAGAAGGAAUUGAUGUUGGUGACUUUGCAGAGCUGCUUAUAACAUCAGGACUUGUACUUAAUGAAGAUGUAAAAUGGUUAUCAUUUCACAGGUGUUUGUGAUACUGUUUGACAGUUCCUUUCCAUCAAGCAUCUUCUCCAUUCUUGUCCUGUACUGUUCUUCAUGCAUGUUUUAUGUUUCUAAUAACUAAGGAGAAUUGGUUGAAGGUUGAUAAAUUUUCUCUUACCAGCCUGGAGCAGUCAUGCAGGCCUACCAGGCCCCUUUUUAACAAACGUUUUCUUUAUCUCAGCCAACAUUGCUUGCAUGUUCGACAGCUGAUAUUAUUUACUACCCGAUGGUUUACUCUGCUAGCCUUAGGCUAUUUGACAAAAACUUUUUUGUGUCCUGACCACACCUUGGUUGCCAUAUAUUGCUUAGUUGUUGCUACUGAAGCGCAGCAGCCUAUUAAUAUUCUCCUACAAGACUUACAUGUAGUUAUUCAGACACUUUUUCUAAUGUCAGUUAAUUCUUUUCUUUUGUUUUCUAGUGGUUAUGAUUUUGCUUACCUUUUGAAAGUCCUGACUGCACAAAACCUGCCGAGUGAGGAAUCAGAAUUCUUUGAUCUCCUUAAGCUAUAUUUUCCAAAUAUUUAUGACGUAAAGUACUUAAUGAAAAGUUGCAAAAGCCUUAAAGGUGGUCUACAGGAGGUGGCUGAACUACUGGAGGUAAGAAUCCAAAUAAAUAAAUCUUUUAGUGAAUCUAGGCAGCUGCAAAUUCUCUUGAUUAUUGUUUGAUUAAUUUUGGAGUUAAUCAUGAAACAAACAAAAAACAAAAGCAAUUGAAGUAAAGUAAAUGUUGAGUAACUGUUAACAAACUUUCUCUUUUAAAUUUAUUUGAAGCUUGAAAGAGUAGGACCCCAGCAUCAAGCCGGAAGUGAUAGUCUUUUAACAGGAAAUGCAUUUUUUAGAAUGAGAGAGGUAUGCGUCCAUUUUUCCUGUUUUAUUUAGUAAGUUAUAUGAUAUUGUAAAAAUCCUGUUUUGUUUGAAGAAACAAUCAAGUGCAUUGUGAGGACAAAUUGAAAAAAUGAUUUAAUAAGACAUUAAUAUAUUACUACAGUCCUCAAAUCAAAUCGAUAAAACACAUCACUGAACCAGAUGACGGACAACAAUGUCAAAUCAAUCCUCAAAGCACUUUGUUUAAGGUGUACUUAACUGUAGUAUAUCGUGUUAAGCCAUAAAGAUCCAAAGAUAAUGAUUAUAUUAAAGAUAUCUUAUGAUUUGCAUUUUUUUUAACAAUUGUCAAAUUGUUAAAAAAAUUGUUGUUUUUUGAACAAUGGCUUUUCUAAGAGACCAAACAUUGCUUGUACUCAAAUUCUGAUAGACAGCAGUAGGCCCAGAGCAAGGAUUUCUACACUGGCUUGCAGAAGGACCUUACAAGAGGGACUCAUCUUGUGAAAAAUCAUGAGUCCCUGUCCAGAACCAAUGAGUCCCCGUGAAAAAAAAGGAAAAAAGAAAAAGAAAAAAAAAAAAACCCAAGGAGUCCUAAAUUGUAAAUGCUUAGGCCUUUAUGUAACCAGACAGUAAUCUGGAGACAGACUCCAAAACUCUUUAUUACAGUUUACUGAAUUUAAAAUAUAGUCCUUCUUUUUACUUAAAACACAAAAAAGACUAAAAUAAAUAAUUAUGCGUCUUUAAACAACAGCCACCGAAAUCACACAAACAGGAUAUUUUACCAAAAAAUCUUCAAAUUGAUUGAUCGUUCUCUGCAUCCUACGGGACGCAUGCCAUGAAUUAUUUUGCAUCUUUGGGGAUUUUUAUGCAGCAGGGACGCAGGACCCAGAGGUAACAAAAUCACUGGGUUCAGGCUAAGUUGGCAAUUUUUUAAUAAUAUCAUUGUUGUUUCCAUUCCGUAGAUGUUUUUUGAAGACAAUAUAGAUGAUGCAAAAUACUGUGGACACCUUUAUGGGCUAGGGACUUCAUAUGUAAAUGGCGGACAGGCCUACAGUGGACCUACAUCUAACAGCAACAACAAUUCUUCCUGA